AUGCUUCCACGAUUCCUUCAAUGUCUAACUCUUCUAGUGGUAAUUGUAAAAAUCUCUCACGAACAAACUCCCUCACAGUUAACAUUAGUUGAGCAGCGUUUAUUACGUACAAGUCAACAAAUAUCAUUGCAAAUAUUUGCAGAUCUACCUGAUCCAGAAACAUACAUCAAUUUUUAUUUGACAGCUAAUUUUCCACAUAAAAUCAAUGUCACAGGCGACAUAACAUCAAUUAUUCGAGAAUGGAAACCUGAAUUAUUAAAAUUAGAUCCCACCGGACCAUAUUAUUUUUCAAACGUCACAAAUGCAAGUUUACCACAUGAACAUUAUAAUCUUCUCUAUUAUCUAAAUGCAACAGAAACAAAUACAACAUUAGUUCGACCAUUUGUUAAUGUCAUGCCACAAUCUUAUCGUUAUGGUCUACAUCUAUUAAGUAUAUUCAAUUGUCAAGAGUAUUUAGCAAAAUCAAAUUUUGAAAGUAUUGAUCUGAUUAUUGGCCCUGGUCCUCUAGCUGAAUUACCAUUGGGAAAAAUGUCAGAUUAUGGACGAUUAUACUGUUCAUUACAUGGAUGGCCACAUUUUCUAAUGAUUGAUCAAACAAAAAAUCCAAAUGUAGAGUAUAAUGAAGACACAUUAUUGUCAGAACAUGAUUUAUCCUCAGUGGAAUUUGGGAGAACAACUGUAGCACCAGGCACGUGCUUAUUUAUACCAUCAGAUUGGAUGACAGGUAUACGGCUGAAUAAUAGUAUCUCGUUCGUCAUCACACUGAAAACAAUAUCAUCAAAUAACGAAUCUCUAACGUGUACACCCACAACAACGAACUUAACAUUGAACAAUGUUAAUUUUACUGUCAAAGAUAGUUUCAACAUAUCAAAAAUAGCAUUAUUAGUUUAUUUUUAUCAAUAUUUACAAGCUCCAUUCCUUGAAAAACGUUAUACAGUAGACGAAUUUUAUUCUCAUGCACGUAAUGAUAAAAAUUUGACAAAGCUCGUAUUACAAUGGACACCAGAAUUAGAAAAAUUAAUUGAACAUGACCUGUUCAAAGAAUUAGACAUCAACAACGAUAGUUAUUUUGAUAUUAAAGAUUAUUAUGCGAUAAAACAACCAAUGUUAGAUGAUAUACAUCGCAAUAUCAAUGAAAUAUUAGAAAAAUUAAGAUUAAAUGUUGUUGAACAAUACAAAGAGUUAAAUGCAUCUCUCUCAAAAGUUCGUGAACAAAUGUCCUCCCAAAAUGUUAUGGAAGAUAUAAUGAAAAUUAACAUGGAACAAUUAAUCGAAAAGUUACCUCAAGAUGUCAAAGAUAAAUUACUUGAACAAAAUAUAGAUAUUAAGCAAUUUUUAAAUAGCUUAUUAAAUAAACAAAACGACGACACAACAAUAGCCGGUAGAAGAAAACGAAGAAAAGAAAAUGAAGGUAAACAAAGACACCUGGUUGAUGAAUCAACAAUACUGUUUGAUGAUACAGAAUUUGAUAUUGAUAAUGUCGAUUUGGACGAGGAAGAAGAGAUAACAGCUGAACCAGAUAUAAUUGACGAACAGAUUAAUGUGACAUUACACAAAGAAAAAACAGAACUUUAA